AUGAACCAAAAGUCUCUUUAUGUGCUGUUGAGCACCCUGCUCUGCCUCCAACAGGUUAGCAGUCGGGUUGCUGCUCGCGACGACGCAGCACCGGCGUCAUGCUGCGCAUCAUCGAACGGGGCUUCGAACCUCGUCGCUCGCGCCGACGGUGACGUGGACGAUUGUCAGGAGCUAGAGAUGUACGACGCGGGGACAGACCGAGAGGAACUGCAGCGAGUGGAAAGCGGCAAUUUUGACGGCUUCACCGCAAUAACCUGCUCGAUUAUCGUUGCCUUUCUGACCAGGAACAACAACCCAUGGGGCGUCACCAGCCUGGGCCGCCGCGCUGACACUGACGAAACAGACCUUUCUGAAUGCCAUCGGGCCCAGGAUGUUCUGAAGAAAAUGAAGAUACCGGAGCCGUGCCGCAAAAUCAAGGAGAUCGAGUUCGGCUUCACUCUAUCCAACGAUUGGUGGUCGGGAACCAACGAUGAUAUCGGCGCUACAAUCUCCGGUCCAGCUGGCAAGGCCGAGUUUGUCAUUACGGAACAGCCCUCGCGAGGAGAAUCAAAGUGGGUUCCUGUGAAUAUGCAAGAAUCCUUCAAGUCGGACUCCAUUGAUAUCACCGGCAUCAACAACCUUACUCUUACCGCCGAGACGUUCUUCCUGAGAGGGACCGCAGAGGACCAGUUCAAGGUCCAAGAUAUUCGACUCCGCGCAAAAUGUGCCGAUCCCGGCUUUGAAGCUAGAAAUAACCAGUACGUCGGGAUCAAUGCUUGGUACGGCCGUCCCCAGAAGGGCUGGUGGAUUUUCGGCAACUUCUACCCGUCCAACUUCGACAGGCAGACCGUGGCAACUUUCCAAGUCGUUCCCGGAGAUUGGUCCUUUGCCCCUCCCUGCAACAUCAUCAAGGAUCUCACUUACGAAUUCACCUUGGGCGGCACCUCGCUGAACGGCGACGGAACCGGUGACACGUUGACCCUUGUGCUUGGGGAAGGCAAAAUCAAUCUUGGAAGUAGCUUCGACGCUGGAUCCAGCAAGAAGGACAAUAUCGACCUCAAGGCGGCGUUUAACAAGGAUACCGUUGACAUUCGCGACCUCAAGGCGGUGUCCAUUAACGAUGAUGACUCUACCGCUGGUACUUUUGACAAGGGUUGGAAGUUUCAAGGUGUGUACUGGCUCAAGUUAUUCCUUGCGUAG